AGAAGCUCGGGGCUGCAUGCGACCAGCCCGUUCUCCCACACAACGCCUUCAACAAGUUGAUGCCACAAAAGCCUAACAUGAGUUUUCUGUGAUUGGCAGUCACGACGCCGGUCAUGUGACGGAGGGCUGCACAACGGCUCCGCAGGGUGAAGCGCCAAGAGGUGGCGUUGGCCGUUCACGUCGCCGAUUUGCCUCUCCGUGAGCGCACAGAGCGCGCCCCUCCUCCCCCCUCCUCCUCCACCCCCUCCUCCUCCCUCCCUCCUCCUCCGCCGUCGUCCCCACGCAGCCAGCACGCGCGCCUCUCCCCAAAGCAGGGAAUCUGCAGAGGAGCCGGCCACUGCCGCUGUCACUGCCACUGCCGCUGUCACGGCCGCGAUGAGGUGGCUCUCUGACGUGGACACGGUGCUGGGAAGACUGACUUAAUGGCUCCGUGCUGCAGUAGGGAAGGAGCUGUCAUGCUCAAGUGGUGCUGAUUAUUUAUUGUGUGCGGCUCGCAUGACGUGUGAGCAUCAGGUUUAGUGAGAAAACGGUGUUGCACUUUUUUCUUUUGUUUUCAAUCGCCACUCAAUCGCACUGCCAUUUAAUGUAUGCUCACAACAGUGAUGGGUAGUAUGCGCACAACGAACCGCUACAGCAUUGUUUCGUCCGAAGAAGAUGGGCUGAAGCUGACCACCAUGCAGAUGAUGAAUGGGCACGGAAACGGCAACGGCAAGAUCCACACCCGCCGUCGGUGCCGCAACCGUUUCGUCAGGAAAAACGGACAGUGCAACGUUCACUUUGUAAACAUGACCGACAAAUCGCAGCGAUACUUGGCGGACAUGUUCACCACGUGCGUGGACAUUCGCUGGCGCUGGAUGCUGCUCAUCUUCACGCUGACUUUCGUCUUGUCGUGGCUCGUGUUUGGUCUCGCGUUCUGGGUCCUCGCGCUGAUCCACGGGGACCUGGAUGGUGCCAAAUCGCCGUGUGUGAUGCACGUGACGAGCUUCGUUGGCGCGUUCCUGUACUCCGUCGAGACGCAGACCACCAUCGGCUACGGAUCUCGCUACGUGACGGAGGAGUGCCCCACAGCCAUUAUCCUCGUCGUGCUGCAGUCGAUUGUGGGCUGCAUUAUUGACGCUUUCAUGAUCGGCGCCAUUAUGGCCAAAAUGGCUCGGCCCAAGAAGAGAGCGCAGACGCUGCUGUUCAGCCACAAUGCCGUCAUCGCCAUGCGUGAUGGGAAGCUGUGCCUGAUGUGGCGCGUGGGCAACCUGAGGAAAAGCCACAUCGUGGAAGCUCAUGUGCGGGCACAGCUCAUCAAGCCGAGAAUAACAGAAGAAGGGGAAUACAUUCCAUUGGACCAGAUAGACAUCAAUGUUGGGUUUGACAAAGGCCUCGACCGGAUAUUUCUUGUAUCGCCAAUAACCAUCGUUCAUCAGAUUGAUCUGGAGAGUCCACUGUAUGGGAUUAGCAAACAGGAACUGGACAUAGCAGACUUUGAAGUUAUCGUCAUAUUAGAAGGCAUGGUGGAAGCAACAGCAAUGACCACGCAAGCACGCAGCUCGUACCUCUCCAGUGAAGUGUUGUGGGGCCAUCGCUUUGAGCCAGUUCUUUUUGAAGAGAAAAAUCAUUACAAGGUGGACUACUCGCGGUUCCACAACACCUACGAGGUGCACACACCUGCAUGCAGUGCAAGAAUGUUGGCCGAGAAAAAUUUUGUGGUUCCCACCACAACAGCAGCAUUCUGUUAUGAAAAUGAGGUUGCACUGAUGAGCAAAGAUGAGGAGGAGGAGGAAGAAGACGAUGAAAAUCAGAGCAGGGACUUAAAUGAGAUUGGACUGGGAAGUGCUCUGGAGAUGGAUCACUUACAGGCCACCAUCCCACUGGACCAGAGGUCAUAUCGAAGGGAAUCUGAGAUUUGACAGCUUCUUGGCUUUCUAUUUCCCCACCAGAAAUCCUAAGUUGGGAAAAAAAGCUCUUCAAACAAGCUUCAGUGUAGUAAUCCGAUGUGCCCAUCAAGAAGCAAUACCGAACUAAGAAGAAUGUGUGAUGUUUUUUUCUGGCUGUCUCUGAAUGUUCUCAGAAUGAUCCAGGAAAAUAAUAUUGAUUGUUGACCAAUUGUUUUGGUAUCUGUUAGAAUGUUGUUCCAAUAUGAAAGCUAUACCGGUGAGAUGUUCUCAGAUGUUCAAGUUAGUUUUUAUUUUUGCAUAUGAAUGCAAAGUUAGUGCUUUGAAAUGGAGUUGUUAAUGCAAAGAGAAAAUCCCCCCCAAAAAAUAAGCAGUACCAGUCGUUAUACCGUAUUGGAAGCCGUUAUAGUUGACAGUACUUUACCAAUGGAUGCACAAAGAUCCACUGCAGGUGAAAAUAAGUGCAGUUCCACUUUGUGUGGAUUAAGGAAUGGACCGCUGUUAAUAGUAGUGCUCGUGUAAACAUCCUGCACAUGAAUAUUUUAAUGACAUGGAAUAAGAGCACAGUUGAAUAUUUUUUUAACAGGAAAGUGUUACGAAUAAAACCAAUGGAGACUGUUUAGACAUUAACCGAUCCUUGUAUUUUGUGCUGAGAUAUCACGUCAGUGUUAGCGAUUCACACACACAUAUAUUAAUGUAGUGCAGUAAAUAGUUGCUAUUAAUUUAUUGAACAAAGUGUACAGAAAACUAUUUUAUGGGUGGCAACUGGAGUUAAAGGGGGGUUUACUAAUCAGGGAGAGUAUUCAGUACUUAUUUGUAUAAUAAAGAAAUAAAUGCACUCUAUUGUAGACACUUUAAGGGUAAAUGCAAUGCCUUCAAGGGAGGUAUUUUUUGUGUCGAUGUCCCCUAUUACGGUUGCUUCAGGCUGUAAAUGUACGCGUCGCACAUUUUAGCUGGUACUUAUGAGGGGGCAUGCAGAGAGAGAGAGUACUAAAUCAACAGCUUCCACUUAUUCUUUUAAUCGUAAUGCUCGUUUAAAUUUGCUUUGCUUUGAUUUGGCAUGAAAUAUACAGCCCUGUUCAUUAGGGUCUUCCUCUCAUCUAUUUUUUGCAGCCUAUCAAGUAUGUAGACGAUGCUUCGCGAUUGUACGAAUGGGAAAAAGAGCAUCCUUAAUGAUCAGGCUGGCUGAAUAUAUUAACGUGUUUAUCUUGUUUACUCUUUAAAGCAUCAUCUUUUCUUUACAGCAAUCUUGUGACUUAACAGCCAUACAUCGUCGUUCUUUGCAUGAACCAAUAUUUUCCCGUGUCUAGUUGCAGAUUUAAAGGCAACCACACCAAACACAUUUGCAGGCUAGCAGUAUAUAUGUAUAUUUCCUCGUUCUUCAUAUUAGAUUCCUUACUGCUUUACCAAUACACGGUAUAAGGUAUCUAUUUUUAGAGUAUACCGUUCACACUUUGUAUAGCUUGUUUGAUUUUUUUCCAUGAUAAUGCUUUAAGGAAAUCUAUUCCCGUAUAUGCCUUUUAGAUAUGCACUGUAAAAUUAACCUGUUUGUGUGUCCU